UAUUAAAUGUGAAACCACAGGAGUCUCAAUAGCAAAGCUGUAGUUUGCAGCUUUCCCAGGGUUGUGCUUCAUUCCCUAUGCACCCUCAUGCUUUGCCCCCUCUCUUCCUGCUCCACUCGGCUCUGCUAUACUAUUCCUACUCAUAGUAUCCCAAGUGUCCAUGUCACUGACAGCGACAGACAGGACAGUAGUUUAAGGAUAUAGGCAGGAGGAGGGGGGCUCCUCUUUCCAACUGAGUAGCAGCUGGUCCUGCUUGCUCUUCUGUUGGAUCUGCUUCCAUGAAAAGCAGGAUUUAAAACUGUUUAAACAGCUUCUUUACUAUUAUCUUAUUACUUUCAUCUCUCGACUUGGAGACUUGGAGCUACGAGUGAAUGUGAAGAGAACAAGCAGCCUGUAGGAUUGUGGUGACAUCAGAUCAACUUCAAGGAUGGAGGAUGAGGCAGUUCUGGACAGAGGGGCUUCAUUCCUAAAGCAUGUCUGUGAUGAAGAGGAGGUAGAAGGUCAUCACACUGUCUACAUUGGCGUUCACGUUCCUAAGAGUUUCCGGAGGAGGAGACGUCAUAGACGCAGAACUGGCCACAAAGACAAAAAAGAAAAGGAUAAAUCAGAAAAUUAUUCAGAUGUCGACAAAUCCGAUACAGAAAAUGCGGACGACCACGGCUCCAACAUCCUUAAGCCUCUGAUCUCCCCAGCUGCUGAACGGAUCCGCUUUAUCUUGGGAGAAGAGGAUGAAGGCCCAGCUCCCCCACAGCUCUUCACUGAACUUGAUGAACUUUUAUCGGUUGAUGGGCAAGAAAUGGAAUGGCAGGAGACAGCCAGAUGGAUAAAAUUUGAAGAAAAAGUGGAGCAGGGUGGAGAAAGGUGGAGUAAGCCUCAUGUUGCCACACUUUCCUUGCACAGCCUGUUUGAACUGAGGACAUGCAUCGAAAAAGGGACAAUACUACUUGACCUAGAAGCCAAUUCACUCCCACAAGUAGUUGAAAAAAUUCUUGAUAACCAGAUUGAGACAGGACUGCUGAAACCAGAGAUGAGGGAAAAGAUCACCUACACUCUUCUCAGGAAGCAUCGGCACCAGACAAAGAAAUCCAACUUGCGUUCUUUGGCUGACAUAGGGAAAACAGUCUCCAGUGCAAGUAGGAUGUUUACCAGCCCAGACAAUGGAGGGAGAGAGGAGGGCUUGAUGAAAAACUCCUUCCUUUCAGGCAGUCCAACGAUGACCCACCGAAACAUGACAUCUUCCAGUCUGAAUGACAUAUCAGAUAAGCCUGACAAAGAUCAACUAAAGAACAAAUUCAUGAAAAAACUGCCAAGAGAUGCUGAAGCCUCUAAUGUUCUUGUCGGAGAAGUUGACUUCUUGGAAAAUCCUUUCAUUGCAUUUGUCCGGCUAAAGGAUGCAGUAAUGUUUGGAUCCCUCACAGAGGUUCCUGUGCCCACAAGGUUCCUUUUCAUCCUACUGGGACCAAAAGGAAAAGCCAAGUCUUAUCAUGAGAUUGGAAGAAGUAUAGCUACUUUAAUGUCUGACGAGGUAUUCCAUGACAUUGCCUAUAAAGCAAAGGACAGGCAGGACCUGAUUGCUGGGAUUGAUGAGUUUCUGGAUGAGGUCAUUGUGCUUCCACCUGGUGAAUGGGACCCUACAAUAAGGAUAGAACCGCCAAAGUCUCUUCCAUCUUCUGAUAAGAGGAAAAACAUGUAUGCAGGUGGGGAAAGUAUAGUACAAAUGAAUGGAGACGCUCCACAUGAUGCUGGCCAUGGAGGUGGAGGACAUGGGGACUCGCCAGAGCUACAAAGAACUGGACGCUUUUGUGGAGGAUUAGUUGAAGACAUCAAAAGAAAAGCGCCCUUUUUUGCCAGUGACUUUUAUGAUGCGUUAAAUAUCCAGUCCCUUUCAGCCAUGCUUUUCAUUUACUUGGGGACUGUGACCAAUGCUAUCACUUUUGGUGGACUUCUUGGAGAUGCCACAGAGAACAUGCAGGGUGUACUGGAGAGCUUUCUGGGCACUGCAGUCUCUGGUGCUGUUUUUUGCCUUUUUGCUGGCCAACCACUAACAAUUCUGAGUAGCACGGGGCCUGUCCUUGUGUUCGAAAGGCUUUUAUUCAAUUUCAGCAAAGAUAAUGAGUUUGAUUACUUGGAGUUCCGCUUGUGGAUUGGCCUGUGGUCAGCUUUCUUAUGCCUCAUUCUAGUGGCCACAGAUGCUAGCUCACUUGUCAAGUACUUCACACGUUUUACAGAAGAAGGGUUUGCCUGUCUCAUCAGCUUCAUCUUCAUUUACGAUGCUUUCAAGAAGAUGAUCAAGUUUACAGAUUAUUACCCAAUCAACUCACAUUACAAAGUGGGUGAAGUCACCCUGUUUAACUGCGCUUGUCUCCCACCAGAUCUAAGUAACAGUUCACUAUUUAAUGAGACCACAUUCGAUUUCCUUUCUACUACCAUUGCCACUACAGAGGAUCCACAUUAUAAUGACACAAUCAUUUGGUCUUCGCUCACAAAGAAACAGUGUGUGAAGUAUGGCGGCAAUCUGGUUGGCAACAACUGCAAAUAUGUUCCUGAUAUCACUUUGAUGUCCUUCAUCUUGUUCUUUGGCACAUACACAUGCUCUACGGCUUUAAAGAAAUUCAAAACCAGCCCCUAUUUCCCAACUACAGCCAGAAAACUCAUCAGUGAUUUUGCCAUCAUCCUCUCGAUUCUGAUCUUCUGUGGAAUCGAUGCUCUGGUUGGAGUGGACACACCAAAGCUGAUUGUCCCUAGUGAAUUUAAGCCAACAAAUCCUAACAGAGGCUGGUUUGUGCCCCCAUUUGGAGGAAACCCUUGGUGGGUAUACCUGGCGUCAGCUCUUCCCGCUCUUCUUGUCACCAUUUUAAUCUUCAUGGACCAACAGAUUACAGGAGUCAUUGUCAACAGAAAGGAAAACAAGCUUAAGAAAGGAGCAGGGUAUCAUUUGGACUUGUUCUGGGUGGCAGUUCUUAUGAUCAUAUGCUCCUUUAUGGCUCUUCCAUGGUAUGUGGCUGCCACUGUCAUUUCAAUUGCUCACAUUGACAGCUUGAAAAUGGAAACAGAGACAUCUGCACCUGGAGAGCAACCCAAGUUCUUGGGAGUAAGGGAACAGAGAGUUACUGGAACAAUGGUGUUUAUACUGACUGGUAUAUCUGUUUUCAUGGCGCCCAUACUGAAGUUUAUCCCUAUGCCGGUUCUGUAUGGAGUUUUCUUAUAUAUGGGAGUGGCAUCCCUCAAUGGAGUACAGUUCAUGGACCGUUUGAAACUGCUCUUAAUGCCCGCGAAACAUCAGCCAGACUUCAUUUACUUACGCCAUGUUCCUUUGCGAAGGGUCCACUUGUUCACUUUCAUUCAGAUUGUAUGCCUGGCGCUGCUCUGGAUUCUGAAAUCAACAGUAGCAGCUAUUAUAUUCCCGGUUAUGAUUCUGGCUCUUGUAGCGGUGAGGAAAGCCAUGGACUACCUCUUUUCCCAGCAUGAUCUUAGCUUCCUAGAUGAUGUCAUUCCGGAGAAAGACAAGAAGAAAAAGGAAGAUGAAAAGAAAAAGAAAAAGAAGAAGGGAAGUGUGGACAGCGACAAUGAUGAUUCUGACAGCCCCUAUUCAGAAAAAAUUCCCAGUAUUAAAAUCCCAAUGGACAUCAUGGAACAAGAACCAUUCCUUUCUGAUAGCAAACCUGGUGAGAGAGAAAAGCCAUUUACAUUCCUUGAACGACACACAUCAUGCUGAAAGACAUCCAUUUAUUCAGUCCAUUAUGCCAAGCCCACUAAGCACUCCCAUACGACUUGUGCCUGAAAUUAGGAUAGACAUGGAGCCAGAUGAAGACACUAAUUUCUGGAGAAGGCCGGCAACAGAGACAACGUUGUGACACAAUUGCUAGCCAAAAAAAUUAAAAAUCUGACUAUAAUGCUUGUCUUUGUAGCAUUCUGUAAAUGGCUUUUGCUGACUGAAGUGCUUCCACUGUGACCUAUACAUCCAGGCUAGUACACCAAGCAGUCGUAUAAUAAAAAAUGUCAUUUUUGCCUUUUUGACUGAAUAUCCCAGUCCUAGACAGAAGACGAAUGCCUGGUGAACUUCUGAUCAAUAACACUAUUGCAUGCUGGUCUUUCUGUCUUGGAAAAACAACUAUGCAAAGUAGGAGGAUAGAAACGUAACACUCCGUAUGCUCCAGCUGCUUAUCUAUUUCUUUAUAACCUAGAACCAUAGUAUUAACCACAGUAACUAUAUAUUGGUUAUAUAUUGGUACUUGACUGAUGAUGUAUUGAUUAUAAAGAACCAAUUGCCAUAAGGUAAAAUGCCCCAUAGUUAUGCAUCUUAUACAUCUUGUACACUACGUAAAUGCUAUGGAGUAUUUAAUAUAUUCUAGCUUAUGUCUUUCUAUUAUGGGGCCUAACCUUCAACUUAUAUAUUGUUAAUUUUUUUUAAACUUUUUUUAAUGACUUUAAAAAAAAAUGAAUCUUUUUUUUCCUGCAGCAGGAAACAUAUAGUUUUAAGUAGUAGGUCUACCUCUUGUUUGUAGAAAAUGGCUUUUCUGUAUGAAUGUCUUGUAUACAAUGUGAUUUAUAUUAUAACACAACUAUUCAUUCUUUAGGGCUCAAUGAAAUCUUAGCAUUUUGUACUUGUAUGGAACUGAUCAAUGAAGUCAUUUCAGAGGUAGAAGAUCAUUAAUAUAAUGAUGUGAUGAGGGAGGCGGGUUAACUUAUAAUCCAUUAUUUUAAGUGGUGUGAAAAGUAUUUAUAAGUAUAUAGGCAAUAAAUAAUCGUAGCGACUGGUAACAGGGAUCAAUAUGCAACUAGAGAUGCAGAUUAUUUUACUGAAGAAACAAUUACUUAAGAUGCCAACGUAACUCCUACACCAUUUAUUUAUAUGGCUUAUUGGUGAGUCUUGCCUCUUUUUCAUAUGUCCUUAUUUCUUACUUUUGCUGAUUUGACUUACCUUUUAGUCAUUUUGUAAAAGAAGAAUCCAUGUUGGGCCUGGAAACUGUCACCAAGUGUUUUAAAGGGGUUAUCCGGCUAAAGACAUCUUAUCCCCUAUCCAAAGGAUAGGGGAUAAGAUGUCUGAUUGCAGGGGGUCCCAACCUUGUGACAUCAUGCCACACCCUCUCAAUGCAAGCCUAUGGGAGGGGGCGUGGUGACCACCACACCCCCUUCCAUAGAUUUGCAUUAAGGGACCAUGGCGUGAGGUCACGAGGGGCGUGACUUUGAAAUCGCGACCCCAGCCACCCGCUCCAAGCAUUCAGUACGAUAUGUUCCGAACACUGGGGCAGCGCAGUACCCCUUUAACUGCAGCUGGGUGAUCUGCUAUCCCUCUUAUGUUUUUCCAUUUAGCAGUAAGGGAAGGACCAAUCAAGUGUCUCCACACACCAGUCUAAAUGAGUCCCCCACCAUCAUGUGGUGCACUGUUGAUAAAUUUCCCCCUUAGUGUUAAGGGGUAUUCAAAUAUUAAACAGGAACUGCAGGACUUUUGGGAAAAAUGCCACUGCAUGCUACUUCCAGCAGGAAGAAGUAUCGGUCCUUCCUUUAUAUUUCCCAUUCCUUUUAACUUUAUCAACUCUCAGCUUAAAAACUGACAGAAAAACUGCCGUAGGCCAAAUUUUUAUGUAAGUAGGAGUCACCAACAAUACUGUUGCCCAGGACAGCAAGGACCCAGGUAAGUUCAUCCCAUGUUUGUACAUACCUGGGUUCUUGUCAUGAUGGUUGCUUUAUUUUUAACAAUAUUCCCAGGCUGCCUGCAUGAAAAAAAAUACACUUCGACUACCUCCCAACACAUCCCUGGUGCCUCCGGGGUCCCUGUCCCAGCCUCUAGUACAAACCUCUUCCUGGUCCUGGUGCCUGACUGCAGCAGUGUCCUGCCUUGGCCAGUGAUUGGCUAACAGGCAAUGUAAGUCUGGGCCCGGUCUUCUUCCUGGUGCCUGGGCCCAAUAUGUCACAUUACCACUCCAGGCACUAUUGCAGGGGAGAAGCACUACUUAAAGCAGUUGUUAAAGUCAUCAUUUUUAAUACCCCAGUGACUUAACUACUUGUUGGUUUCCAGGUAACACCAUAUUUUUUCUACCUUGCACAUAGUAAAAUAUAUAAUUGAAAACAGCAUUAAAAAAAAAAGCAAUAAAGAUAUACUAGGAAGAGGCAAUUUAGCAAUUUUGCUAUUUCCCCUUUGUUGGAGUUUCGCUUUAGCACCAUUUUUGUAAUUGUUUAAAGUUUAUCAAAUAUAUAGUAUGUGUGUGAAAUAGAAAAGGACAUAAAUGGCCAAAAACAUAACCAGUGUGCCAUGUGCCCAUAAAGUUACCUAUUUACUAAUGUGAGAUCAUUAAACAAAUUAUACAUUCUACUUAGCAGAACAAAAAUACAUAGUCCAUGAUUGAUAUCUAUUUGUUUCUAACUCUCUUAUUUUACCAUACCGCCCUUGACAUUCCAUUUCCAAUCUAUGUAAACCUCCAUAAUAGUUGAAUGAUAAAAUGAUAUUUAAUAAUUAAGUGACAUCAGAGUUUCACUUAAAUUUAUAAUAAUAAUAAUAAUUGUUAUUAUUAUUUACAAUUACACAUUAAAGAUAAAUAAUACAAUUAGUCUGUUAUUCCAUAAUCUAUAAGUCUAUUUUCACUGGGCUCCAAUUAUUAAAGGGGUAUUCUUAAUAUCAAAAGUUAUCUCCUGUCUACAGGAUAGAGGAUAACAAGCUGAUCUGUGGAGGUGGGCUGGAACAACCACUGAUCCCAAGAAUAGACGAAAAUUGCCGCCUGAAUGAAUGGAGCAUAGCACACCUGUGUGGCCAGCCCUCCAUUAAUCCUCUACGAUUCCUAACAUUGCUGAACCUUGUUAUUCUCUAUGCUGUGGAUAGGGGAUAACGUUUGACAUUGGGAAUACCCAUUUAAGUUAUUUAAUUCAUAACAAGAUUACUGGAGGUUGCAGUGAUAACAUUUUGUUGGAGUCAUGAUGAGAAGCAGACACAGAACAUGGGACUAUCUAGAGUGAAUAACUAUUUAAGGAAUAAUAUUAUGUAAAAAUAAAACAUGCCGCUCCCCUCCCACCCCCGCCACUUUUUUGCUUCCAACAAACCAUGAGUUACAGAUGCCCUAGCACUAUAUUUAUUGCCAAAAUAUUGAGAAGGAAAAACUCAUUAUUGGUUCAUGUGUCCUUUUUCUACAUCACACACAUAACAUAGGCACACUGACAGAUUUUCCAUAAUUUUAUUAAAAAGUCUUCCAACUGCAAAUCAUUUUUAUUGUACUUGAAUUGUAUUAACUGCUGAUUUUUAUCUUAUAAUGUGUUAUUAUAAACUGAAAAGCAAUGUGAGCUGUAUGGUGUUAACAUUUCUAGUCGUGGGACAAAGCUUUUCUGUUCUGUAUGUCUUUUCUGUAAUGAUUUAGAAGGAUAAAUGACUAAAAGUUAUGUAAAAGCCCCUUUAACACAUGGUAAAGCCAUGACAGGUCUUCUCCUAUUAACUUAUUCUUGUACUUCUUUUUACCCUGUAGUCUGGAAGUUUACUGCUAUCAUGUGGAUCCAUUCCAACCUUCUUAGUGACUUGCAUAGAACAUUUGAAGUAAAUAUAGAUGUAGAUGGUGAUUUGGAUCCUUAUUACAACUGGUAAAUUGCCCAGAAAUAGGUGACACAGGCGACAGUCAUUGAGUCAGUUAUGUUUACCCAUUGCUAUAAAACUCUGGAAAGGGCCUGUCACACUUUAAUGUGCAGUAUGUUGGCUUUUAUAUAAUACUUUAGUCUUUUUUCAUCUUUCAACUGUUUGUCAUCUCUAUAAUGUUUAUUUUUAUAAACACUAAAAACUGGUCAUUUUUAUGCUGCCUUUAUCCCCAAAAUUGCCUAAAAAUGUAUGCUUUUUCUCACUGUCAUUACAGUGACCUGUUCACAGAGGGAUAAGCCAUUUUGUUGCUUACUGUUGACAUUUUACAUUUUUGGCCUAAAAUAAAAAGUCAAGUUUGCUUGUCCUUCAAAAAUGGUUGCCACCACUGUGACAAGGUACUUGUUGUGUUCAGAGAAUCCACUUUUGUAUUCACUUAAACCAGAUUUAGUUUUACCAGACACAUUUCCUUUAAGAAAGUUUUCAAAAAACAAAGAAGGCCAGAAUACCGGAUACUGUAAGAAAUGCUGCAAAAAGCAACAUAAACUUUAGGGUUGAUUUUUGGGGACUUUUUUUUUUCUUACUGUCGUCUUUCUUUAUGGAUCUCUUGGAUUUAUCACUUAUUCUUGUCCCAUAUGUAAACUUCUGGUCUAGUGUUAACACUACUCUUAAUUUAUAGCCAUAACUAUGGCUAAUCUUUGUAGUGAUUGUAUUAUUUCGGGAGAGGAAGAGCGGAGAAGAUUAAAAAGACUGUGCUGCACUUUCCUACUCUCUUAUAUCCUGUACAGCCUGUGUGUCUUUUGGUAGACAUGUCAGCUUUUGUAUCACAUGAGACGCGAUCAAACACGGAGCAGAUGAAGAAAGCAACAGAGACUGUAAUGAUUUUUUUUCCAGUAACAAUAAGAAUUAAUUAUGAUGACAAUAGUGUUUUACAACUUUAUGAAGCUUUCUAUUGUGACUUUUAUGGAAUCAAGAGAAUGAAGAUAUUUAGCAUUUAUAUUUUUCAAAAUUAAAUGUAUAUUGAAAAUAAAGUAACUUUAUGCA